AGAAAAUGAGUAUGAAGAUCACUGAGGCAGAACAUAUCCAGAACACAUACAUUCGAGUGGAAGAGCACAUACACCGGGAAGUGAGGGAGAUGCCCCAGGUUUUAGACAAACUACAGUCUACUGUGAUGCGUGGCCAGACGGAGCUCAGUGAAGUGGCCCAGAUAUCUCAGUCCGCCCUGGCCGCAGUGGAGAGCACUAAGGGAAUGCUGGUCCAGUUGGAGAGACAGCUGAUGACGGAGCGGCAAGUCAUAGAUGGCAAGCUGAACACCAAGCACCUGGAGAAAGAGAGAGGGGUGGAGGGACGCCUGGAAAGAGAGGAGGGCGACAGGCGCAUCAGCCGUGCCUCAAACCGAUCAAAGGACCAGGUCAAAAAAGUCAAUCAGCCCAAAGAAGACCUCACUGACACCAUUGAUCCCGUUGGUGUCCGAGUGGCCCAGAAGUCACCCACUCCAACCAACACACAGCAGUCCCACAUGAAAAUGGUGAAGGAAAUGGAUGAUCUAAAGGAGGCCCUCGGCUGCACUGACCUGCAGGAGCUGGAGAGCAGGCUGGUGUCCCAGACGGCCACACAGCAGCAGCUGCACACCCAGAUGAAGCAGUGCGAGGAGCGGGCGGCCCAGAAGCAGGAGGAGCUGGCCGCCCUGGAGCUGCAGUACGCCCAGAUCAAGUUCAACCCCGGGCCUGGCUGUGAGAGGUAUGAGCAGAUGCAGGCGGAGCUGUGUGCUGAGCUGGAGCAGGAGCGCCUGCGCUGCCGGGAGUGGGAGGCCAAGCUGCGCAAGGCCAGGGCCGUCCAGCAGGGGUGGAGCAGGGGUCAACAACCUCUUCUACCGCACCACCUGCCUGCCACCACAGCUCAAGGUGGAGUAACAGAGCUCCACACUUAA